AUGUCUGCAGAGGAGGAGCGACUGUUCUGCCUCUUUUUGUGGGACAACAGCUUUGCAUUCCUGAAGCAGCAAUCUAAAGGCGGUCUCUGCGAGGACGAUGCACUCACCAUUUUAGAUGCGCUGGGAAUGCUAACGGGCAGGCGCGCAGACUUGGCUUCUGAGAUCUCCAAGGCAACGGGCUAUACCAUCGUGCUGAAGACUAAACCAAGGAAAUUAAAAAGUAGAAAAAUGGCGUACCUGUUGAUGUUUGUGACGCUGCUUCACCUCAUCACACUGGCCAUGCUGUUCAUCGCCACAAUGGAGAAGUCCUGGUGGGUGUGGGACGGUAUGGAGAACUCUGAUCUGUGGUACAACUGUAGAUUUGACAAUGCGACCGGAACCUGGUUGUGUUCAUCGUCUAAAGAAACAGAGUGGCUCCAGGCAGUCCAGGUGCUCAUGGUCCUGGCUGUAGUCUUCUCCUCUGUGUCCUUUCUGGUCUUCCUGGGACAGCUGUUUACCAUGUCCAGGGGAGGACUGUUCUACUUCACUGGACUGUGCCAGAUAUUUGGAGGUCUGACCGCCUUCACUGCAGCCUUGAUUUACACUCUACACAAUAAGGAAAUCCUGCAGGAUCUCCGAGAGCUGGAACUCGGGCACUUUGGAUACUGCUUCUUUCUGGCCUGGGUCUGCGUUCCUCUGCUACUGCUCAGCGGAGUCAUUUACAUCCAUCUGCGCAAAAAGGAGUAA